UUUUAUGGCACAGGUGCGCUCAGCCCACAGGAGGACUCACUGCAGGUAAGCUCGAGCCUCUCCGCCAAUACCGAAAGUAACAGGAAUACCGAGGAUGUCUUACUUCUCUGUUGUAUAAAUAAUUCGGGGAGCAUGGCAGCUCAGCGGGAUGAUAUGACAGAUACAGCGGGGAGCACAGUCAACAUGGAGGAUUUUUUCAAAACGGUGGGGGAGGUGAGAGGCCUCAUUGAAACAAUCUCCUCUCAAGCAGAGGAGGUGGAGAGGAGACAUGGCGCCAUCAUUUCCACUCCAAACCAAGACAAGAGAAACAAGGGCGAGCUGGAGCUGCUGAACAAUGAGACCAAGAAGAACGCCAACUUGGUCCGAGCCAAGUUAAAAUCAAUGCAGAAGGACAUUCCUGCGGAUGAGAACUGUAAAGGUGCUUCAGUAAUCCAGCGUAUUCAGAAGAACCAGCACUCUCACCUGACUCGGUGGUUUGCUGAAGUCAUGAGGGGCCACCAUAAGGCGCAAGUCUCCUUCAGGGAGAAAUGCAAAGCACAAAUUCAGAGACAACUAGAGAUAGUGGAUAAAGUGACUACAGAUGACGAGCUGGAGGAGAUGUUGCACCGUGAAGAUCUUGCCAUCUUCAUAUCUGAUAUCAACUCUAAUGCUCGGAUUUCAAGCCAGGCUCUGAGUGAGAUUGAAUCUCGUCAUCAGGACAUCAUCUGUCUCGAGUCCAGCAUCAGAGAGAUGCACGAGAUAUUUGCUGACACUGCCAUGUUGCUGGAGACUCAGGGGGAGUUGAUCAACAACAUAGAAAAGAAUGUGACGAGUGCUGCAGAGUAUAUAGACGUGUCCAAAGACGAAACCUAUAAAGCAGUCACGUACAAGAAAAACCCUUACAAGAUAGCAUCUCUCCCGAACUUCUUGAAGCCCUUCAAGAGGCAAACCACUGCUAAAACUGAUCAAAACACCUCAGACUUAAAACAUGAAUGAGCUCCUGAAACUGUUUGAACAUUGACUGCACCAAAAAUCCUGAUCAACAUCAAAGCCUGUGCUUGAUGGAACACACUUUUCAUCUGAUUUAAGGUACAGUGCCUGUCUGCCUACUCAGAUGCCUUUUUUUCUAAAGGAUAAUGAGGAAGCUGUGUGUUGUUGUUGUUGUUUUUUAAACUUAAAUGUGAAUUUGAACUGCUAUGAUAAUGACCUGUCAAGUGAAAGUGACAGUAUGCUGUGGACAAGGCUUGAAUUCCAGUUUACCUGUGGACUGUCAAAAGGACAAACAAAUCAUUAUUUAAACUAAUUUGUCUGUUUACUGACUACCAAUUCUGGGAUUAAACUUGGUUAAAACAAACAAACAAAAGUAAAAUGCCAUGAAUGCAAGACACCUUCUAGUUUGGUCUGAUCAUGUAUUCACUUACUGUUAGCUGGUCCUCCCAUUAUUGGCCAGUAGGUGGCAUGACAACAUUAGUUAAAACUCUGAACCAGGAUCAUUCACCUUCCUCUUUGCAGUCCUGCUGAACUCUGUCUGUUUUUUUUUGUCUGUGAUACUGUGGUUUUACUAAUGAAAUAUAAUGUAAUGUCAUGUUGUCUAAUACUCAAAAAGAAAUGUGUGUAAUAUCUUAGUAUGAAAUAAGACCGUGCCAAUCCUAAAUUAAACCAAUGUGGCCACUGUGAAUAA